GGCCCCUCGGGACCAGUUUUUCAGGACCUAGAUUGAUUAUUACAAUGGAAGAAAUCAAUAAUUUUAAGACACCAAGCAAAUUAUCUGAAAAAAGAAAAUCUGUGUUAUGUUCAACUCCAUGUAUAAAAAUUCCUGCCUCUCCAUUUAUGCAGAAGCUUGGCUAUGGCACAGGGGUAAAUGUCUACCUUAUGAAAAGAUCUCCAAGAGGCUUGUCUCAUUCUCCUUGGGCUGUGAAAAAGAUUAAUUCUAAAUGUAAUGGUGAUUAUCAAAGUAUGUAUCAAAAGAGAUUAACUGAUGAAGCUAAGAUUUUGAAAAACCUUCAUCAUCCAAAUAUUAUAGGUUAUCGUGCUUUCACUGAAGCCAAUGAUGGUAGUCUAUGUCUUGCUAUGGAAUACGGGGGUGAAAAGUCUCUAAAUGACUUAAUCGAAGAACGAAAUAAAGACAGCCACGAUCCUUUUCCAGCAGCCACAAUUUUAAAAGUUGCUUUGAACAUGGCAAGAGGGUUAAAGUAUCUGCACCAAGAUAAGAAGUUGCUUCAUGGAGACAUAAAGUCUUCAAAUGUUGUAAUUAAAGGUGAUUUUGAAACAAUUAAAAUCUGUGAUGUAGGAGUCUCUCUACCAUUGGAUGAAAAUAUGACAGUAACUGACCCUGAGGCCUGUUACGUUGGCACUGAGCCUUGGAAACCCAAGGAAGCUUUGGAGGAGAAUGGUAUUAUUACUGACAAAGCAGACAUAUUUGCCUUUGGCCUUACUCUGUGGGAAAUGAUGACUCUGUGUAUUCCACACAUUACCCUUGCAGAUGAUGAUGAUUAUGAUGAAGAUAAAACUUUUGAUGAAAGUGACUUCGAUGAUGAAGCAUACUAUGCAGCUUUGGGAACAAGGCCACCUCUUAAUAUGGAAGAACUGGAUGAGACAUACCAGAAAGUAAUCGAGCUCUUCUCUGUGUGCACUAAUGAAGACCCUAAAGACCGUCCUUCGGCUGCGCACAUUGUUGAGGCUUUGGAAAUACAUGUCCAGUGAUCUCAUAUUCACAACUACCUGAGCUUCAACUCUUAAGCAUUUUACAGCUCUUGUGUAAAAAUAAUAAAACUAAUAGGAUGAUACAGAAUAACGGACACUUUAGUUAACCAGAAGGUGUAUUAUCUAUUGUAUACUCCCGUUGAUCUGAGUGUUGUCAUUAAAGUUGCAGAAUGAA